AUGAUGCAAAAAACUACAAUUAAUCGUACGACAAAAUUUAUGCUCAUCUUGUUCGGUAUCUGGCCAGGUAUAUCGUACAUUACGUUGUGCAGAAUAUUUUGGGCCGUCACAAUAGUAAUCGUUCUACUUUGCCAUUAUCUAUAUUUCUUGAAACAUUAUCAUUCUGUCGACAUAUUCGACUUGAUGGACUGUUUUAGUAGUUUCAUGGGAUUCUUAAAAUUAAUGAUCAACGUUAUUUUCUUUUGGUUGAAUCAGCGAAUAUUCAACGAAACCUUGACAAUGAUGACGGAAGAUUGGAACGAUUGCGCCAAGAGUAAUAUCGAGAUGCAGAAAGCAAUAAACAAAGAAAAAACAUCGAAUCGUAUUGCCAAUACAAUCAUGACUUUUCACACAGUUGCCCCCUUCUUAUAUAGCAUCGGCAUUAUUCUGGCCAAUGUCGACGUCACUGAUCCUACGAUCCAACUACCCCACAUUUACAAAGUGGAAGUUCCUUUCAGCAUAAACACGCAACGCACGUAUAGAGCCGUGUUAAUUGUGGAAUUGAUACAUCUUAUCAUGUGUAGCUGGGGCUUGGGUAAUCUAAACGCUUUACUGGUGACCUUGAUUUUACACAUAGGUGGCCAAAUAAAUAUCCUGCAUUGCUGGUUAAUAGAGUUGGUAUUCAAAAAGAAUAAACUUGAAUCUAUUGCCAUUACGAUAGAGAAAAUUAUUCGAAAACAUCAGAAAAUUAUUUACUUCGCCAAAAAUAUUGAGAAUCUGUAUACGUACAUUGCGUUUAUGCAAUUUGUAUCAAACACGAUAAUGAUUUGCCUAAUAGGAUUUUUAAUUAUAACAGCGUUUGGCGAUUCCAACGCGACAGAAAAGAUAGUGAAAGCCGUUUCGUAUUAUAGCGUGACAAAUAUCGAAGCGUUCAUAUUCUGCUAUGCUGGGGAAUAUCUGAUUAAUAAGAGCAAGACUAUAGGAUUAGCUGCCUACAAUAUUGCCUGGUACGAAUUGGAGCCUGAAUACAGUCGUAUUCUGUUAUUCAUAAUAAUGAGAACGCAGAAACAAUUGACACUUACAGUUGGCAAGAUGACGGAUCUCUCGUUACAAUGCUUUGCAAGCAUCAUGAAUUCUGCAGGAUCAUACUUAUCGGUAUUAUUGGCGCUGCAAUAA